AUGACAACGUACACCUACCAACCCAGCUCUGUAUCUGCCGACCAGCCCACUUUGAUAAAAAUCGACCUACUACGGCAUGCCUCGCUAGGCCCAUCACUUACAUGUAUCUGUGAGCUCCCUCUCUCUCCCCCCUCUCUCUCCUCCUCUCUAUCUCUGUGGGUUGUUCCUUCAGUAGGUGGGGAAUCAUGGUCCUCCACACGUCCUUUGGCUCUCAAAAUCUCAGGAGGGGACAAUAAGACUAUCUAUCUAUCUAUCUAUCUAUCUAUCUAUCUAUCUAUCUAUCUCAGUCUGUUCGUAUCUAUUUCAUAUGUUCGUAUCUAUUUCAUAUGUUCGUAUCUCUCUCAGUCUCUCUAUCUAUCUAUCUAUCUAUCUAUCUAUCUAUCUAUCUAUCUAUCUAUCUAUCUACGUCAGUUUGUAUACAUGUAUAUAUGUAUGUAUGUAUCCAUUUCCGUUUGUUUCUAUCUAUCUAUCUAUCUAUCUAUCUAUCUAUCUAUCUAUCUAUCUAUCUAUCUAUCUCAGUCUGUUCGUAUCUAUUUCAUAUGUUCGUAUCUCUCUCAGUCUAUCUAUCUAUCUAUCUAUCUAUCUAUCUAUCUAUCUAUCUACGUCAGUUUGUAUACAUGUAUAUAUGUAUGUAUGUAUCCAUUUCCGUUUGUUUCUAUCUAUCUAUCUAUCUAUCUAUCUAUCUAUCUAUCUAUCUAUCUAUCUCAGUCUGUUCAAUAUCUAUCAAAAUAUAUGUUCGUAUCUCUCUCAGUCUAUCUAUCUAUCUAUCUAUCUAUCUAUCUAUCUAUCUAUCUACGUCAGUUUGUAUACAUGUAUAUAUGUAUGUAUGUAUCCAUUUCCGUUUGUUUUUAUCUAUCUAUCUAUCUAUCUAUCUAUCUAUCUAUCUAUCUAUCUAUCUAUCUACAUUUGUUUGUAUACAUGUAUGUAUGUAUGUAUCUAUCCAUCGAUCUAUCUCCGUUUGUUUUUAUCUAUCUAUCUAUCUAUUUUCAAUACAAUUUUUGA